AUGCCGUCAAUUGUAUUGCUUAAUAAUAUUUCACUACUUAUCUCUAUUUAUGUUGGCCUAAUUAUUCUUAUUGGUGGAUUAAUUGGCAAUUUAUUGAAUAUGCUUGUUUUUCUUAGUCUUAAAACUUUUCGAGAAAAUUCAUGUGCAUUCUAUUUAACAACUAUGUCAUUUCUCAAUAUAGGCCAAUUAUUAACAGGUGUACUUCCACGAGUCAUGAAUGCUUGGUUUGCUAUCGAUUGGCCUGAUGGUUCACUGAUCUAUUGUAAAUUUCGAGCAUACUGUUUUCAAAUGAUAAAACAAAUAACAAAACCUGAUUACAGUAAAAUGAGUGAAGGUGAAUUAAGACUUUUACUCAAUAAGCAUCAACAAAUGUUAAAUAAUACACGCUUAAUCAAUGGUCUACCAGAUAAAGGUCAACGUUUACGUAAUGCAAUAGUUGAAAUCGAAAAAUUUCUUAUCAUACCACCAUCACCUAUGGAUUGUGAUGUUAUAAUAAAUCAAUUUAGUCAAAUGACAGUGUCAUCAAAUGAUAAUGAAAUUUCUCAAGAAAAAGUUCAUCUCGAAAAAUCAGUAACAAAUUCUAUUAAAACAACAACUGAUAAUAAUUUUUCUGAUGAACGUUUAAACGAAGUUAAACAACGUCUAAAAGCUCGACAAGCUGAACGUGAUAGUAAAGCAACAGUGACAAAAACAAAACUUAUUUCAUUAGAUGAAGCUGUUCAAUUGUAUAAUGAAGAAAAAAAACAAACAGAAGAACAUUUAAUCCAACAAACAACUGCAAGAUUACUUGGUAACAUGUCUCUUUCAAAGACUAUAUUUGGUCUUCCACCAACAACAUGUAAAACUGAUCUUACAUAUCGUAAAACUACUACUGAAAAUGAUGAUGACGAUGAUGAUCAUGUAGAUGAACUUGGUCGAGAUAAAGCAGAAAUUGUAUCAGAUCAUGACAGUGAUGAAGUUGAUUAUCCAGAUGAGGAUGAAGAGGACAAUGAUAAUUAA